UAAGGCCCAGUGGUAUACGUGAGCUAAGGCCCAUGUUAAGAAGUUUCGGUUUAAAUCUUUGGUUUGUUUGGUUUUGUGCGGUUUAUAUGUUCAGCUCACUUUCCUUUAUAUGCGGUAUAAAAGUGGAAAGUCUCCAAAACUAAGGGCAUUUCCGACAAUUCUGGCUAAAUAGAAGGGAACACCGGUCGUCUAAAACAGGGGAAGAUAUUUAAACUCAUCAGACUCUCCCACCAUUUAGAUUCUACUACGAAUAUGGAGACAAGGUUUCCAAAUGUUACAAAAAUCACCCUAUCUCUUUAUCUCAGACGACAAUGAUCACAAUAAUCUCCAGUACACGAGCUUGAAAGAUGUGAUCUCAAGUUCCGAUGGAUUUGGUUCGUUGUUUUGUCACCCACAAUACAGUGUUCCUUCACAAGAUGGGUUUCUCUUGUCCGAGAUGGAUUCUUCUAACAUCGCCAUUAGAAACGAGCUUGUGAAAAGAGCAGCUUCAAUGUAUGUUCAAUCUUCUAUGGUUGUUAUUGCCCCUGAUACGAACUGGUUCCAGAGAUUCUGUUUGAAAGCUAAGCAUCAGGCGGUUGCUGCGAUUGAUUGUCUUAGACCGGUUUGCCGGAUUUUCGCUCGGUCUAGUUAAGAGAUGUCUUUAGAAAGGGUGAUUCGAAUUCUUCUUAGUAAAUGUGUAAAUAUUGUAUAUAAUUUAGAUAAUCAAAUAAAAAUUUCAAUCUUUCAACAA